UGCACUGGUUUUAAAGAUAAGUCAGUUCCAACAUCCAAAUUACAAAACAAUCCAGAUAUAUGAAUAUAUAUUAUCACAACAUACCACUGUGCAGUAAUUAUGCACAAUGCAUUUGCAAGGUAUUUGUGUUAAUUGCUUGGCUGGAAAUAAACACAUCUAUCCAGUUCAACUAUACUGCCAGACUAUGUCACAUCCACUCCUCAUUCAGGAAUGUCAAUGAGCAGGUUUACAUAUGCACAAACUGUGUUCCCGUGGAUCAACCGAACUGAAAUGAAAGCUAGAAAGAAAUGUGUGUUCAUUUACUCUACGUAUGACACAUCAGGUAAGAUUGAAUUGCUCAGGAGUUUUGUGGUUGAGGAAUGUUUUGGAAAUCUUAGAUAAGUAACAUCAAUUUUCCUGUCAGAUCAUUUGAGAUUAUAUUUUACAAGACCUAGAAACUCAUUCUCAGGUUUUAAAUCUAAUAGCAAACUGUUGGCUUUGACUUUUCAUAGCAAUAAUUAGGAGUCUAUCGGGGUUGAGGAAGCCCAACGUGGCCUUUCAGUGGAAAUGACAGCAACGGCACUCCACUGAAUGUGUCACAAAGGUGUCAACUGAAGUGCACACAGCAGAGGGGGUACAGUAUGGAGGAAGAGAGUGAGCCGGAAGAAAUGCAUUUCAACCACACAACUGCCCACAUUUCACCCAAAAUCCCUGCAACUGGAUUUCCUGGUUACUAUGUUCUCAUCCCUUUUGUACUACUCACACUGAUUGGAAGUGUAGUGGCAGUGAUUAUUUAUAUGAAGAGGAGAUUAAGAUUAGAUGAGUUGCGCCACAGGCUCAUUCCACUGUACAGCUAUGACCCUGCAGAAGAACAAGAAGAGUGGGGAGACUCUGGCAGGGAGGAGGAGGAGGAACUGGCUGAACCUUUGUACAAGGAGGGAAAGCUUUCUUUUACCUCUGGCUAUGGAUUAUGAAAACAAAAUCAAGAAAGGAAGAACAUGUCCAACUGGGGAAAAUACUUUUUAUGUUGCAUAGCAGCUGCUACACACAUGUAAUUUGGGCACUCUGUGACGUUUACAAACCACAUCUGGAUGAUUCAACAUUUAUUAGCACCACAUCAAAUACUGCCUUAAUGACAUGCACACUCUUUGUGUGCAGUGCAGCAAACAGCAGAUGGCACUGCAAUCCUGUUUUUU